ACGAUAUUUCAUUCUGUACCUCCCACCUCAAGCAUUCUUGAAACUCUUGAGGAAAAAGCCGAAUUUUCAGGAAUUGAGUCAAAGACAAUUGCGCCAUGAACUUGUGGAGUAUUUCUUUGGUUUUCUACAUUUCGAUUGCAGCCGCUUUCCAAGAUACUCAUCCAUUAUUUGCAUUUUCGUCAUUUUCGUCUGUAAUUGAUGCAAAAGAAGGACCCGUCUUGACUUCUUACUCGAAAUUCAAUAGUAAGGCAGAAGAACUCUUGUCGAAUUGUGAUGCUACUACUAUCUUCAUUUACCAGCCUGGUCUGCAGGCAGAAGACUUUCAUUCAUCUGCUUUAUCUAAUAUGAAACGUAUUUCCUUGAAUGCUAAGUCUCAAUACAUCUUACCAUAUUCCAAGGAACGUUUACACCCUGAUCAACUUUUGUACGAUGCUAAAGUUUCUUGCUUUUCGAGAAUCGUAAACAUUGAUUCCACUCAUGAAUCAUUUCCUAUUUUGGAAAAAAACCAAAUUAGUGUAAUUUUUAUGCAGGAUUUGCCUUCAGAUGCUAAAUCACGCGAACAAGAAUUAUUUGAGUUAGAUCAGGUCAUUUAUUCGUUGUAUUCAAGUAUUCCUGAUGAUGUUGAGUACACCUUUUUCCUGACCUCCUCUCCAAAGUUUGCAGCCGUGCAGGUUUCAGAGGACAACAGUACUAAACAAAAGGAGGAAGAAAAUGAAGAGGAAUCUUUGGCAAUAGAGUCAAAUUAUUUUGUGAGUAUGAAUCGCCUUCGUCAUGCCCAACCCAUUUCCCUUCCCGUCGAAAAUAUGAACAAUCGCGGCAACUCUUUGACGCAUAACAAAGAUAAUCAAAGUGUGUCUAAUAUUGAUGGCAGCUUAUUUGAUCGUUAUCAAUUUUUUACCCCAGGAAUCUUUAUGGGAUAUCUAGCUCUAGUGGUUUUGGUGCCUACUUUGAUAAUUUCUUGCAAGUUACUCUCAUCCGUUCAGAUCAGCUACCAUGCCUUUGACAGCCCUCGUAAAAAGAAUGUAUCUACAAAGCAAUAAUCUUAUUUGCUAAUUUUCACAAAGUGUUUUAGAACUGCUGUGUUUUUGGUUUAUAGAAAGCAUUGAAAAGUUCUACUGCUUGUUUGGUAUGAAAGAUAAUUUAAAUCUAAUAAGGAUGGGUCUUUUGAUCCUAACAUAACGCUUGCUCGACUUUAAUUCUGUGAAUAUAAUAAAUGGAUUCAACGUUGAUAUUCGAGAAUUAUAUAAUUGAAUUUUGCUUUUAUGAACACAAACUCAGUACGAGACAUUGGAAGAAAAUCACGCUGAAUAUGUGUUUUGCUUCUUAGACUCCGCAGUAAACAGACUAGAAUGUCAAGCAAAUCGCUUGACUAGUGCAGUUUUAGAAAAACGCCGUUCACCACGUUUGAAAGGCUAUAACAUGAUGACGAUUUGAUUCCUUUUAAUAGCGAGAUUUAUGGUUCCCAAUUCUCGAAAAUGUUGUUUGAAUCGAAUGUAUAAUGGUUCGAAUAAGGAAAGAAUCAGAUGUUGGAAUUACAUACAUUUUGUUUCAUAUUUAUUAGAUAAAUAAUAUCACUUUUUCAAUGUUUCAUCAAGUCUGUCU